CUUGAGUUAGGACGACCCAUCGUCACACACACAAACACUCCUCCGUCUCCUCACACACACACACCCUCCGUCUCUCCGAGAGGUGCGCUCGCUCGAGCUCAUGUUCCGUGGCCAGUGAAGCUGGAGCGAGCGUCUCGGAACACCGUACCGCCCCCCUGGCCGGAUGUGCUGGCCGAAAUGUCGCGACACCUCUACAUCCGGAACAAGAUCGGGGAGGGAAUACAGGCGCCUAUAUUCCAGGUCAACCGGGGGACGUACUCCCGACGCAGCAGGCUGAAGCGCUCCGACGGCAGCACCACCUCCACCAGCUUCAUCCUCCGUCAGGGCUCAGCUGAUUCCUACACUAGCAGACCAUCAGACUCUGAUGUCUCCUUGGAGGAGGAGCGGGACCUGCAGGCCCAGGUCCAGGGCCAGAGCCCCAGCCCGGGGCCCGGCCAGAGCCCGGGGCCGGGUCAGGGGGGGGGUCAGAGCCCAGGACCGGCCCCGACCCGCCAGGAGAGAGAGCAGCAGGCCGCCCUACAGCUGGAGCGAGCUAAGGGUAAAGCCGUGGCCUUCGCGGUCCGGACCAACGUCAGCUACUGCGGCGCGCUGGACGAGGACGUCCCUGUACCCGCUACCGCCAUCUCCUUCGACGGCAAGGACUUCCUGCACAUCAAAGAGAAGUUCAACAACGACUGGUGGAUCGGCCGGCUGGUGAAGGAGGGCUGUGAGAUCGGCUUCAUCCCCAGCCCACUGAAGCUGGAGAACAUCCGCCUGCAGCAGGAGCAGAAGAGGGGCCGCAUCCAAGGUGUCUCGUUGGUCGGACUCUGGGGGAACUCCUCUUCCAGUGUGGAGGACGAGGUCUCGGCCUCCGUCCGUCCGCUCAUCUCCUCGGCAGGCAAGCAGAAACAGAAAGUGAUGGAGCACCUACCCCCCUACGACGUUGUUCCCUCCAUGAGGCCCGGUCUGGUCGGCCCGUCACUCAAGGGCUACGAGGUGACGGACAUGAUGCAGAAGGCUCUGUUUGACUUCCUCAAGCACCGCUUCGACGGCAGGAUCUCUAUCACCCGGGUAACGGCGGACAUCUCGCUGGCCAAGCGCUCGGUGCUCAACAACCCCAGCAAGAGGGCCAUCAUCGAGAGGUCCAACACACGCUCCAGCCUGGGUGAGGGGGUGAAUGGCCACCCCGCCCAGCUGCUGAAGACCUCGCUGGCCCCCAUCAUCGUCCACGUCAAGGUGUCCUCGCCCAAGGUGCUGCAGCGGCUGGUGAAGUCUCGGGGGAAGUCUCAGAGCAAACACCUCAACGUGCAGCUGGUGGCAGCCGACAAGCUGACCCAGUGCCCGCCGGAGAUGUUUGACAUCAUCCUGGACGAGAACCAGCUGGAGGACGCCUGCGAGCACCUGGCAGAGUACCUGGAGGCGUACUGGAAGGCCACGCACACCUCGCUGGCCACGCCCCUCAACCCACUGCUGGGCCGCCCCCUGGGGCCCGCCGCGCUCACGCCCUACCCCACCUCCAUCUCCGGCCUACAGCAGAGCCAGCGCAAUCGUCAAGGAAACCACACGGGCGGGGGAGGGGGGGGCGGGGGCGGCAACGGGGGCGGGGGGGGCGGCGGCGACAACUCCACCCCCAACGAGCGGCGCAAUCUGAUGACGUCGGACGAGAACUACCACAACGAGCGCGCGCACAAGGGCCGCAACCGCGUCUCCUCGGGCUCCCAGCACAGCCGCGACCAGCAGGACCAGUACCCGCAGGACCAGUACCAUCAGGACCAGUACCAGCAGGACCAGUACCACCACCAGGACCCCUACCAGGACUCCUACAAGCCCCACCGCAACCGCACCUCCCCGGGGGGCUGCAGCCAGGACUCCCGCCACCGCCUCUGAUCUGGGCGGUCGACGCUCCUUACUGGCUCCGCCUCUCCUUCACCUUAACGAGCUUAACGAGCUGAACCGCCCCCGGACCCCCCUUCUGCUGGGACGUGCACACACACACACACACACACACACACACACACACACACACACACACACACACACACACACACACACACACACACACACACACACGCGCAUACGCGCGCGCUGGACUAAACUCUAAUGGGUGUGGCCACGCCCCCGUUGCUGGCUCCGCCCCGUCACCUGCUCGUUAGUGCUUAACGAGCAGGCUUUUUAAGCUUCACCUCGAUCUCCGUCGCAUCCCCCCCAGAUGACUCCCCUUCUGCUCACACACACACACACACACACACACACACACACACACACACACACACACACACACACUGGACUUAAACUCUGAGGAGAGCGGCCACGCCCCCUUCCGUGAGCUCCCCCCCCCCCCCUUGCUGGACUAAAACACACAGACACCAAAACACACUUUUGUUUCCACUACGACCUUCACCCUCUCACCGCUCGUCUGGGACCCCCCACCCUCCUUUGGUCGUUAGCUCGGCCUAACUCAUUAGCGAGACUGAAGUGGGCGGAGCCUCUCCCCAGAGCCUGAGGAGACUGCAGCGCCGCCAGGAGUUGGAACGCAGCCCGCUUUGACUCAAUGGAACAGAGUCUCGAUGCUGAAUGGACCCCUCCCCGUCCUGGCCACGCCCCUCUCCCCCGAUGGCUUCGGCCAUCUUUGUUUCGUCAUGACAUCGGCGGGGGGGGUUGUGAUCGUUUGAUUAUGCCUGGCUCGUGUUUUUUUUUUUUACACGCCGGGUUGCAUUCCGUUUGGAGAACGUCCUGUUUGCCGUGUCGACGUCACCUCGGCAACGGGUGGCUUUUUUCCUGUGUAGCGUAGCUUUUGAACUGCGUCGGCAGCAUCCAAUCAAAUGACCCCCCCCCACCCCCCCGUACCCGCCGUCCCCAUGGAGAUGACCCUAGUUAGCACUUAUCGAGCGAAAUAGAAGGCAAUAGUAAGCAACGAGGGCGAGCAGAGUUCGGGCGAAACACAACGUUUUUGGGCCGGUACUUUUAUUGUGUGAUUUGAGUUCAGACUGACGUAGAGUCCAAGCCCCCCCCCCCCCCCCCCCCCCCAGCUGAGCCGGUCCCAGCGCGUCAUGCUAACCCUUUAGCCGCCGCGAUUUAGAGAGCUAGACCCCCGUAAGAGAUACAAGCAGAGAGAGAGCGGUUGAGUCUGGCAUUAACAAAACAAAGAAAAUAAAAAAAGAAAAGUUUCAAAAAAAGACAAAGAGAGUCUAGCGAGCGCGUAAACGAGGCUAGGUGAGCUAGCGCGCUAGCUAGCCCGCAACCUGCUAGCCGCUGUAGCCGCUUCCUUUAGCGAUGCGAUUGGCCUCGUGCGAUUGGUCCAUGUGACGCGGUGGUCGUGUCCCUGGCCGGGUUAACGGCCUCGUCUUUAGGGGUCGUUGUUUGCAUCAUGCGUCACUCUGUGUUGCCGGCAUGUGUUCCUGACGACAGAGCAUGCUUCCUUCCGCUGGUGAAACCGGAAAAUACUCAACCCACAACGUGUUGAGUUUUGUUUUUUGGAUGAUAUAAGGGAAACCCCGUUUACUCCAGGGAGGAAAAAAAAAGAAUGAAUAAAUAAAUUUAAUAAAUUUUUCGUCCCUGGACCCCCUAGUAGAGAGAGUCAAUUUGUAUUAUUUAAUUAAAGUCACAUUCUGUUUUGGAAUGCGAAAUGCGCAGUGAUGAUUGAUUGAUUGAUUGCCUUGCGAGGCUAAACUCACUUUCCAAAAUUAUGACUUAAAUAUUAAUGAUUCAUAUUAGGAAAAUCUGAAAUUAUUUUUUGUCAGAUGUCUCUGAGGCUACUAUUUUGUAUUUAUUACUCCCAUCCCCUCCCUGUUAGAUACAGUUAGACACGUUUUUCCUUUGAAUAGUGUAGAUAUCCGAAGAAAUGUCUCAUCUGGCAUCAUUUUGUUUCAUAUUUUACAACAAUCCCAGACUUUUGUGUACAAAAAACACCGUCAGGAUAUUCUCAACACAGACUGCAUCUCCAGGUGACCAUAAGCCCUAUUUCUUUGUUAAAAUAAACUUCGGAAAGAUAAAAAAAAAAGAAAUCGACAACCUUACAAAAAAUAGAAGCUAACCUAGAAGAUUAAAAGAAGACUUAGAA